AACUAGUGUUGCCUUCAAUUCAAUCGGUUGUGAAUUUUUAAUACAAUUUUUUGUUAGUUUUUUAAAUAUAUUUUUUAAUUUCAAUUAUAAUUAUUGUCACAAAAACUAAAUGUAUUUAUAAAUUGUGUUCAAUAUUUGGGUGCAAUUCAUAUAACGAUAAUAUAUUUAGUAUUAUUAUUAUUGUAUGUGUUUUUGUAUUGCAAUUACAAAAUCACUUAUCAAUUGAUCCAAUCAUCUGAAGAACAAAUAUUGUCCGCUAAUAAUGGCCGCAAAGAGUGAUAACAAGCCGUCGGCAAACUUCCAGAAGACACUGAAGGGAAUCCUCGCCGGUGGUAUAACGGGUGGUAUUGAGAUCUGCAUAACGUUUCCCACUGAAUACGUGAAGACUCAGUUGCAAUUGGAUGAGCGGUCGGCCAAACCUCGGUAUACGGGAAUCGGUGAUUGUGUCAAACAGACGGUCCGCAGUCACGGCGUGUUUGGUCUCUAUCGGGGCCUCUCUGUCCUCAUAUACGGAUCUAUUCCGAAGUCGGCCGUCAGGUUUGGUGCGUUUGAAGAGCUGAAGAAGCGUAAUGUGGACGCGAAGGGCAAUCUAUCGCCGGGAAUGCGAAUGCUAUGCGGUUUGGGGGCCGGAGUGUGCGAAGCCAUCUUUGCGGUCACACCUAUGGAGACCGUGAAAGUGAAGUUUAUUAACGACCAGAACAGCGCUAAACCCAAGUUCCGGGGCUUCGCUCACGGGGUCAAAGAGAUUGUGCGCGAACAGGGAAUCCGCGGCACAUAUCAGGGCCUCACCGCCACUAUCAUCAAACAGGGCAGUAAUCAGGCCAUGAGAUUCUUCGUGAUGGAAACGCUAAAAGACUGGUACAGAGGCGGCGAUCCCAAUAAGAAGAUCAAUAAGUUGUUGAUCGGAGGGUUUGGUGCAGUGGCCGGAGCCGUCUCAGUGUUUGGCAACACACCCGUGGAUGUGGUGAAGACCCGUAUGCAGGGCUUGGAUGCGGCCAAAUACAAGAGCACAUUGGACUGCGCCCUACAAAUCGCCAGAAAAGAGGGCUUCAAAGCCUUUUAUAAGGGAACGGUUCCCCGACUCAGUCGCGUCUGUCUGGACGUCGCCAUCACUUUCAUGAUAUACGACUCAUUCAUGGAGUUCUUCAACACAUUUUGGGGAAAAUUGGCCGUUACGGCCAUACACUUGACGGUCGACGACGAUGUCGAUGACGGCAGCGGUGGUGCCGAGCAAUUGGAUCCACGCAUACGAGACAAACUCGAAGAGCUUAACGAAUGCACAGAUAAUAUCAAUAAACUGGAGAAACAAUUUGAGGAACUGAAUGUCUUAUUUCGGGACACAUUGAAUGAGCGGACGUUACGGUUGCGGCAGAUCUCGCAGAAACUGGGCUCAAGUGUGGCGGACGCGCGUCCGUAUCACGACUGCCGGUCGCGUGUGUCUGAACUCCAGAAGCGGUGCCAAACGGCGGUUCAAUCGUACGAGAAGUCGGCCGAACUUCACGACCAAUCGAAAGAGACGAUCACUAUUGCCGAACACAAGUUCGCCGUCAGAGGCCAGUCGGGAGACACAGACUUUGACCACUUCUGGCAAGAGAUGCUCAAUCAGGCAAACACUAAGUUUAUGGAAGCAAAGAGUUUGAAGACUGAGAGCCAAUCGGAACACUCUUUAUGUAUACAAAACUAUUUUGAUGAACAAAAACGAUUCAUUCAUUUGGAGAAGCAGUUCAGAAGUGCCAUUAAAAAGUCAAAGCCAUACUAUGAAGAGUCGGCUAACGUUCAGAUGGAACUCAACUCAAUUAAGAGCCGAAUAGAAACCUUAAAUAAAGUGAUAUUAGACGCCAAGAAGUCCUACGCGAAGACACUCAAGGAUUUAGAGAAUAUAUCGGAUGAGAUUCACGAGAGAAGGGCUCAACUCAUGGCCAAGUCGUUGACCAGAGAGCCCGGAGUCGGCGCCGAACGCGAUGACAAUCAUUGCGAGUAUUCAUUAAAAGAUAUAUGUGCCGAAGAAGUGCCACAACUAAACAAAAGUACAAGCGAUACGCGAGCGAUGACUGAUAGUCUAUCGCCAAACACAUCGCUCGCAUCGAGAUCUCCAUUAUUAGGCCACUCGUCGUCCUCUUCGCUCAACACUACCGAAGAUGAGAGUCAGGCGUCGACGACAACCACUGAUGAGACACUCGUGCACUCAGUCGACGGACAACAAGCCGAUGGUCUCGACACUAAUGGCAACUCAUGUAAUGAUACGAACGCUAAUUGUAUCGAAAAGUCUUUCGUCGAAAUCGAUUUGGAAAAUUGA